AUGGCGGCAGCUGCGUCGGCAGCUGCGAGUGAGGACGGCCGGAGGCAUCCCGGAGUCGCGCUGGACCCCCAGUCCCAGGAAGGGGCACAGGCUGAGGCUGGGGAGCUCUGUCGCCUUCGGGCUGAGUUGGCGGGAGCCCUGGCAGAAAUGGAGACCAUGAAGGCUGUGGCGGAGGUGAGCGAGAGCACGAAGGCCGAGGCCGUGGCAGCAGUGCAGCGGCAAUGCCAAGAGGAGGUGGCCUCGCUGCAGGCCAUCCUGAAAGACUCCAUCAGCAGCUACGAAGCCCAGAUCACUUCGCUGAAGCAGGAGCAGCAGCAGCAGCAGCAAGACUGCGAAGAGAAAGAGCGGGAGCUGGGCCGGCUGAAGCAGCUGCUGGCCCGGGCCAACCCCUUGGACUCCUUGGAGAAGCAGAUGGAAAAGGCCCACGAGGACUCAGAGAAGCUGCGGGAGAUCGUGCUGCCCAUGGAGCAGGAGAUCGAGGAGCUGAAGGAGAAGCUGCUGAGAGCGGAGGAACUGAUCCAAGAGAUCCAGAGGCGGCCCCAGCACCCCACUUCCCUGCACGGCUCCUCGGAGUUGCUGCCCCUGUCCCGGGACCCAUCUCCCCCGCUGGAGCCUCUGGAGGACCUGAGUGGAGAUGGGGGUGCGGCAGCAGAGGUCUUUGCCCACAACUGUGACGACAGCGCCUCCAUUUCCUCCUUCUCCCUGGGCGGGGGUGCCGGCAGCAGCAACACCCUGCCCCGCGGCCGCCGGGGCCUGAGCCCUGAGCAGGAGGAGACUGCCUCGCUGGUAUCCACGGGCACCCUGGUCCCCGAGGGCAUCUACCUGCCCCCUCCUGGUUACCAGCUUGUCCCAGACACCCAGUGGGAGCAACUGCAGGUGGAGGGGCGGCAGCUGCAGCAGGACCUGGAAAACCUCAGCCGCGAGCGGGAUGAGCUCCAAGAGGGCCUGAGACGGAGCAACGAGGAUUGUGCCAAGCAGAUGCAGGUGCUCCUGGCCCAGGUCCAGAACUCAGAGCAGCUGCUGCGGACCCUGCAGGGGACCGUAAGCCAGGCCCAGGAGCGGGUCCAGUUGCAGAUGGCAGAGCUGGCCACCUCACACAAAUGCCUGAGCCAUGAGGUGAAGCGGCUGAAUGAGGAGAACCGAGGCCUCCGGGCUGAGCAGCCCCCGUCUGCCGCCCCCAGCGACCUGGAGCGUGAAGACGGCGAGCAGCAGGUGCUUCCCAGCUCUGUGCCGGAGCUGCAGCAGCUGAUGCGACGCACGUGGCAGGAGGCACGGGCCCGUCAGCAGGCCUGGGAGCACGAGGCUGAGCGCCUUCGCAUUGAGAUUGUGACACUCCGGGAGGCACUAGAAGAGGAGACGGCGGCCAGGGCCAGCCUGGAGGGGCAGUCAAGGGUGCAGCGAGAAGAAACAGAGGUGUUAGAGGCUUCCUUGUGCAGCCUGAGGACAGAGCUGGAGCGAGUCCAGCAGCAACAGAGCAAGGCUCCGCCCCCUGAUGUCCUCUCAGAACAGAGGGCCAAGGUGCUGCGGCUUCAGGCCGAGCUGGAGACCAGCGAGCAGGUGCAGAGGGAUUUUGUACGUCUGUCCCAGGCCCUGCAGGUACGCCUGGAACGGAUCCGCCAGGCAGACACCCUGGAGCAAGUGCGCAACAUCUUGGAUGAGGCGCCCCUCAGGGAUGUCAGGGACAUCAAGGACACCUGA